AUGCGCGGGCACCUUAUAUUGAUCGAGGGCCUAGAUAGGUCUGGAAAGACGACGCAAACUCAGAUUCUUCACAAUGCGAUACCGUCUUCAUCGCUCAUCAAGUUUCCCGACCGGUCGACAAACAUCGGCACAAUAAUUAACCAGUACUUGACGGACCAUAAUUUUUCACUUUCUGACCAAGCGGCCCAUCUCCUCUUCAGUGCUAAUCGAUGGGAGCUAGCGGCGUCAAUUGAGGACCAAUUGCAAGCGGGCCACACCGUAAUCAUGGAUCGGUACAUAUACUCGGGCAUAGCGUACUCUCUUGCCAAGCUGGAAACGUCGUCACUGCCCGAAAUGGCCAGUGUGGAGUGGUUAUACGCGCCAGAUCGGGGCUUGCCCAAACCAGACGUGACGAUAUUUUUGACCCUUGAUAUAGCGGAAAUGGCGGCUCGAAAAAGUUGGGGAGAAGAACGGUACGAGCAAACUAAAUUUCAAGAGGUGGUGAAACGGUGCUUUCUCAAGGUCUUGGAUCCGCACGCAGACCCCUCGGUGGUCAUUGUCGACGUCAACAAGUUGGGUAUAGACGAAGUUGCUCUGAAAAUUUGGACUGUUGUCGAGGAGCGCCAGCUUCAUCAGCAGACUGAGGUGCCGUUGGCUCGGCUCUCGUAA